AUGACGAUCGACGAGUUUUUCACUAUUUCGAGUCUGACUACGAAAGUCGUGGCCUCGAUCGAUGCAUACAAAGAAGCCAAGACUGAUUUAUCGCGACGUGAGGCCCUUCAGAAUGCUACAAGCCUCGUCAGGGCUCUCGAAAACCCUGCAGAUGCGAUUUACAAGUUGUUCGCUUCGCCUUCCGUUCUCAUGGCAGUGAAGACCGCCAAUGAUCUCGGCAUUUUCAAUGUUUUAUCCGAAAGUACUUCUUUUGUCACACCCAAGAAUCUGGCUGUGGAAAAGAACGCUGACAUUCAGCUUGUUGAACGAAUUAUGCGUGUCCUUGUUUGCAAUGGUUUCGCUGGUGAACUAGGUCCUGGUCAAUAUGAACCUACCCAUUUAUCAAGGCAAAUGACGGAGAGGAAAACGAUUGGAACAAUGGAUUCAUUGUAUGUGUUUUGCUUGGCUGUUCAUUCCCGAUCUAACAGUCGAUCUAGGUUUGUCGACUUUCUACCUAUCAUUCAGAAAACACCAGAAUUCUUUCAAAAGUCUGGCUAUAAGAAUCCCGGAGACCCCAAAGAUGGGCCACUUCAACAUGCCUACAACACAUCCGGCUCCUGUUGGGACUGGUUAGCCGAAAACCCAGAAGCACUAGACCGCUUCAACACUUUCAUGGAGGGCUCCCGUGACGAAAUCGCUCACUGGGCUGACUGGUUCCCCGUUCAGGAGCGGUUACUCGAUGCAUCAUUGGAUGGUCGACCUCUGCUUGUUGAUGUUGGUGGAAAUCGCGGUCAUGAGCUCGUUGGAUUCAAGGAAAGAUUCCCAUCGGGGGCUGGAAAGCUUGUACUUGAGGAUUUGCCUACGGUCAUCGAGGAUAUUCAAACCCUUGACAGCGAUAUUGAGAGAGUCAAACAUGACUUUUUCAGCCCUCAGCCAGUCAAAGGUGCUCGCGCAUACUACUUCAAGCAUAUCAUGCAUGACUGGUCCGAUGAUAACUGCAGAAUAAUCCUGAAUCACACUAUUGCUGCAAUGGAGAGGGGGUAUUCCAAAAUCUUGAUUGAGGAUUAUAUCGUUCCUGAUCAAAAUGCCGGGGUGAAGGAGACCUUGAUCGACAUGGUUGUUAUGGUAUGGUGUCCAGGAAUUGAACGGACCCGUCAACAAUGGACCGAUCUCCUACAGUCAGUGGGAUUGACGAUCGGAAAUUUCUGGCUACGUGACGAGCACAACAAAGGCAUUAUCGAAGCCGAACUACAAUAG